CCAAAGCAGAGGCAGUAGGAAGAGGGUAGAGGAGACCUGUCUAGUCGUCUGGGGAAAUGGCAGGGCUGUCCAUGGACGACGGUGGCAGCCCCAAGGGGGAUGCGGACCCAUUCUACUACGACUAUGAGGCUGUCCGCAAUGGAGGCCUAAUCUUCGCUGGCCUGGCCUUCCUCGUGGGGCUCAUCAUCAUCCUCAGCAAAAGAUUCCGCUGUGGGGGCAAUAAGAAGCAUCGGCAAGUCAGUGAAGAUGAGCUGUGACAGUAGAGUCAGCCGUGCCCGGCCAGAGCAUCGGGGCUGGUUGGGAAGUCAAGGACACCCUGUCUCCGGAGUCUUCCUGUCUUCCCCAGGCUAUAGACUUUUGUCCUCGCUGAAGGAAGCGCCUGGCUCAAUGCGACCCUGGGUGGGCAAUGCCUCCUCCCGCCCUGUGCCACCUCGUGCUCAUAAUAAAGCCCACCAGCUUCA